AUGCAGCUCAGCUCGUUUAUCGCGCUUGCGCUCGCAGCCGUCGCGGCCCACGCGUGUCCGGGCGAAGAACACGACCAUGCGCAUGAGCACUCGCGCCGCGCGUUUCCGCAGACGCCGCUCACCCCGCCGUCGAGGGCGCUCGAGUGGGGGGACGUGAACAUCAUCCACACGACGGACAGCCAUGGGUGGCUGCUCGGGCACCAAAAGGCGUCUUUCCCGGAACCCAACUAUAGUGGGGACUUCGGAGACUUCGCGUCCUUUGUGGCGCAUAUGAAGCAGAUCGCGGCGGAGAAAGACGUGGACCUGCUCUUGGUCGAUUCUGGAGAUCUUCAUGAUGGUACCGGCUUGUCAGAUGGUUUCCCAGCUGGCGGGGUCGAUGCGCACGAGAGCAACAAGUUCAUCCUGGACCUGCCCUACGACGUCAUGGCGAUUGGCAACCACGAGCUGUACAUUUACGCCAACACGCACGAUAUGUACACGAACUUCGCGCCGAAGCUCAAGGGACGCUACCUCUCAUCGAACGUAAACAUCACGGUUCUCAACGAGGCCGGAGAGGCGGUCAGCGUCCCCGUGGGUAGCCGGUUUACGAAGUUCAAGACCGGGAAGGGUCGCAAGGUGACCAGCCUGGGUGUGCUGUUUGACUUCACCGGCAACGACGUAAACACGACCGUGCAGAAGGUCGAGGACAUGGUAAAAGAGCAAUGGUUCACGGAGGCGAUCAAGGAAGAGCCUGACUUCUUCCUGCUCGUGGGACACAUGCCAGUCCGGAAGGACAACUGGCCCACUGUGUUCAACGCAGUUCGUGCAGUACACCCGACCACUCCUAUCUUGAUUCUCGGAGGUCAUACCCACAUUCGUGACUGCUUGCAACUGGACGGCCGUUCUAUUGCUCUGGAGAGCGGUCGCUACAUGGAAACUGUCGGCUGGCUGAGUGCGAAGCUCGAUCAAGGUCACGAAAGCCACGGAACCAAGAAGAACAUUACCUUUACGCGGCGGUAUCUUGACCCCAACCGUGUUACCUUCGAGUACCACACCCGCCGGAGCAACUUCACCUUCGACACGCUGCAAGGCGCACUAAUCACCAAGGGCCUCAACGCACUCUCGAAGCGCUUCAACCUGAGCGAUCUCUUCGGCACCGCCCCGCACGACUUCACUAUCAGCCAGUCCCCCUUCCCGUCCAACGACUCGCUCCUCACGCUCUUCGCCGCCGAGGCGAUGCCAUACGCGCUCACGCUCAACAAUACGCGCGCGGACGUGCCGAACAUCAUGAUCACGAACUCGGGCUCGCAGCGCUUCGACGUGUACGCCGGCCCGUUCUCGAAGAACGACCAGCUGACGGCGUCGCCGUUCGCGGACUCGUUCCUCUACAUCGCGGACGUCCCGUUCUCGGUCGCGAGCCAGGUCCUGCCCGCGCUGAACCACGCUGGGGCGAACGAGCGCCGUACGUUGGAGGAGCGCGCGCUCGAGCAGGAGCGGGAGAUGUACGCGCGCGGAGAGGUGGAUAUGCGCUACCUCAGGUGGCUCGAGGACAUGGACCGCCGGAGCAAUGGUCCUGAGCGGAGGGCUGCGCGGAACGCGACUCUUGGAUACGUUACUCAUGAUGACUGCCCUGGUGUUGGCGACGAUGUGCUGCACGCACCUCUUCCGUUCUUCUCUUCACCCGACUUCAUCGGCUCGGACCCUCCGAGCGUGUCAGACGACACGCCCAUCGACCUCGUCUUCGUCGACUUCAUCGAGACGCAGCUCGUCCAGACCCUCAACAGCCUGCAGACCACGACGAAGUACACCACCGCGGACGUGAAGUCGUACACGCCCGUUCUCUCUAACGCUGUCCUCGGCCUGUACGCGCAGAAGUUCUGGAACUGAUCUUCAUGCGAGGAUCAAGCUGGGAUUGAGUAGUGUUUUAUCUUGGGAUUGUUGUGGCGGAAAAUGUACUGUAAUACGCAUGGGUCAGAUCUGUGCAAUAUUGUUGAAC